CUUUCCAAUCUAAAGCUGCAGCCCAGCUCCGUCAGUGCUCGUCGAGCAUUUGCCAGUUACGGACGGGUGGAAAAUAAUCCGGGAAUCUAACGCAGGAGGUUUCUCUUUUCGAGGCGUCGCGGUUACAGUUGACGGCGUCGUCUUCGUCGUCAUUGCGACUGCAACAUUAGCGGAGGAUUGCAAGAAUAAGGAAUGCAUUUCAAAAUCAGAACACGUUCACCGUCAUGCGUCCUAAUGGUCUCCAAACGAUCAACGACCUACCACCAGUAGUGAAAGUACAAAGUGAAAUUUGACACCUGCAAAGCAGCGCGAACUGAAGAGCGAGUGCUUGUGGCAAAACAUUUGGUCGUAACGAUGCAGUUCAUUUCCGGAUUGUGUAUUCCGAAAAGUAAAAUCGUCAUUAGUUGCAGCAGUGAUUCGAAAACAUCUCCAGGAAGUUGAAUUUGAAUAUUUGUUGAAUCUUCCUCAAUACAGUAAAUUUAUACAACAACCACAACCGAAAUGGAAGUCUGCUGCCUGAAGAUGGCCUCCAGAUGCAGGCCCAAUCGACCCAUCAAGGAUAUCACGCAGCUGUCGACGGCCGGUUCGUCCCACGAUUGCGGAUCCCUGUCCCGGGUUGUUAUGGUGCGAAAAACCGAUCAACGGGUCAUUAAUCACAAGGGCAGCCAGAAGGACCCACUAUGCGAGGUCAUCACGAUGGAAACCAUCUCGACGUACAAGGGCCACAAACCGGACCGGACGGUGGUGUUCAAGGAGAAGUUUGACCUUUCCGGGAACGACAUGACCAAAUCGCUGUCCACCAGCAAGCUGAUGGGUUCCCCAAGGCUUUCGAUCAGUCCUCUGAGGACUGUUUUAACGACCACAACAGAGUUGGAACAGACGGGCAAAAGCGAUCGGAACAACAACUCCACCAUUACGGAGGUAACAAGUCAUUCGAUAGUCAAGGAACAACACGUUCGACACAAAUCGCUGGAUAGGAGUAACAACAACAGCAGUAGCAAUUACAACGGAUUCCUGUCCAGUACCCCGAAACCGACGAGAUGUUCCAAGAGUCCAUCGAUCAGUAAUCUCAGAGGAAAGUCACCUUCGCUCUCGGCCUCACAAACCUCCCUGAGAAGGUCCAUAUUCAGCGACUUUGAGCUAGAGUGUUUGAAGGCUCACAACGAGUAUCGAUCCAAACACGGAGUUCUUGCGUUGAAGCUGAACAAGCGCCUCUGUCGAUACGCCGAAGAAUGGGCCAAGGUCAUCGCAGCUCGAGGAGUGCUAGUCCAUCGGAGCAAUUCUCAGUACGGGGAAAACAUAUUCUGCUCCUGGAGUUCACCGAAUACCACAGUCGUCAUCACCGGGCGGGAACCGGUUGAAAAUUGGUACAGCGAAGAGCCAACCCACGUUUACGGGAAAGAACCGGCCACCCUCAAGACCGGUCACUUUACGCAGGUCGUAUGGAAGGACAGUCGGGAGCUGGGAGUUGGCGUCGCUAGAAAUAGAUCCGGUCAGGUAUUUGUGGUGGCGAACUACGAUCCUCCGGGGAACUACAUUGGAAGUUUUGCGAAAAACGUUCCACCUCCGGGAGGGUUUGAGAUACCAAAGAUUAUCGUAGAUAAGCCGUCGGCACUGGUCAAUAGCACCGGGGAUGGAAGCAGUCGGGCAUCCAGUGGAAAGGUGGAGAAACACGUGAGAAUUGUGGACGAGAACGAUCCGGAUCAGUUCGAUGAGUUUUCCCAGGCGAUGUUGAGGCAUCACAAUGAGUACAGAAGGAGGCAUGGUGCUGCGGAUUUGGUAUUACACAAAGAGCUGGUACGGGACGCACAACAGUGGGCGGAAAUCCUGGCCCGGGACGAUCGCUUCACCUACCGGCAAAAUUCCAAGUACGGCGAAAACCUGUACUGCCUGUGGUCCUCAGAUCGACACGCCAAACCCAGCCCUAAGGACGUAUGCCGGUCCUGGUACGAGGAGGUCAAACAGUACGCCUUCCAGGUCGAACCGCGGGGGGUUAUUAAAGGGGGACAAUUUACCCAAAUGGUUUGGAAGGGAACCCGGGAGCUUGGAGUUGGGAUUGGACAAACUCGAAGCGGCAAGGUUAUAGUCGUUUGUACGUACUAUCCCAGGGGCAAUGUUCUGGGUCAGUUUGUGCAGAACGUCCAGAAGAGAGCCGUCUAGAGGAUGCAAUUCAAAAAAUUUCCUCUAUUGAAAUAGCAUUUCUCGUAAAAAUUUCACUUAAUCAUAAUUCACGAAUCAUCAGGUCACGGACAAAGCCUUAACCAUACGAAACUACCUAUACAGAUACUUAGACUAUAUUCCUUUCCAGUAGAUAGACUAGUCUCUUCGAUAGUUCCCUAAGAGUUUACACCACAUUUAUUCCUAAUCCGUAUGGGGAAAUCUGGAAGCUUUCAUCACCCUACUACCUAAAUGUUAACAGAAUCAUGUGAAAACCUCAACAUAACCUUACAAAAAAAAACAGCUAACGCAAACCUGAGCAUACAAAGAUGCCUUCCAAUGCUAGAAGAAAUCACGACUUGUUUCGAAACCGAUAUUUUUAGGCACCACACACCUGACUAUUCCCAAAAUAAUAAAAAAUGGGAAGCCUUCAGCCAUUCGAUUGCAAGCCAAGUCUUAGAAUUCAUAUUCUUAAUGGUAGAAGUUAUGAUUACAACUAGACACGAAGUUAGAGUAGCGAUCCACGUGUUUGCAUCCGGCACAUUGAAAGUUUGAAUUUUAACUAGAGAGCUCCCGCUGGAAAUUCUACUCUGGAGAAACUUAGAGAGUAUCCGAAUCGAAGAAAGAGAGAAAGCACAUUGAACAAACCCACUAUAUUUUUAUAGCAGUCAAGCUUUUAUAGCAAAGUAACUUUUAUCCGCUCCAUCCGAAGCACAUUUGGAGCUUGGUUGCCAUAACAAACAAGCUUCGUUCAUUCGUUAAAACUUCAAACGCACAGAGAGUAAAGGGAGUUAACUGUGGCUUUUACGAGACACAAUGCGUCCACUUAUUAUGUCAGCUCACGAAUUAUUCCCAAACGGUUUUAACGCUUAGAACAUACUUACUUAACAAAUAAACAAACAAACAAACAAACAAAGAGAAAAGGUUGUACAAAUGAUUCAGACACAUUAAUUGAUGUAGCUUUUCAUUGCAUUUAAAUCUCGGAACAAAGGUGAAUUUGAAUUAAAAUUAAAACAAGAACAAAAUAAAAGUAUUAAUCCUUAUCGAUACAGGUUAGGAUGUAAGAUUGGAAAAAAAAUUAUCAAAAGUAACAAAAAAGGAAACAAAAGAAGCAAAUGUCGUCGAAAGUUUCACGUAUCAUAGAUACGAAUUGACUUCAUCAAAAUGUUCAACCAAAAGUAAUACGUUUUUUGCCAUACCAUUUGUAAUAUUGCUAUUAAAGUGACCAUAACAAGACCCUACAUGCAUAUGAUACAUACUUCACGUACGAUUCGAAAAUACAGUACC